CAUAAUCACCUCCAUUCUCAUCAUCAGCCUCUUUAACCCACUACACACCUACCUUUGUUCAAACAAAUCCACAAGCCACCCAAGCCAUCAGUCUUUUCAGACACACACACACACACACACACACACACACACCAAACCAUCCAAAAAUGCACGCCAGCACCCUGUUCACCCUCGCCCUCGCCACCCUGGCCAGCAGCGCCGCCGUGGCCAGCCCACCGGGCACCAUCGAGGCCCGCUUCGACGCCAGCACCGGCCUCGAGGGCCGCUCGGAGCUCGCCCGCCGCGCCUGCAACUGCGGCUCCGCCUUUAGCUGCUCCGGCGGCGUCACCAGCUGCUGCUCCAGCACCGGCGGCUUCGGCAUGUGCAACUCCGACACCAACAGGUGCAUGUGCGGCACCUCGUGCAACCCGCUGCAGUGCUCCCAGCGGCCCUGAGUCUUUUGGCGUCUCGGGUGGGGGGAAAGGGAACUCUUCGAGUGGGAUGGGGGAUGUGGUUCGGAGAAAAGGCCUUUUGUGGUGGUGGAAAAGGAGAGUCGGACUUUUGUUGGUUUUGGUUUCUCGACAUUCUUUUCGGCUGCGUUGACCUUUGAUGGGUUCACGCAGUGAAUUCGUUUCUACUUUGGACCUGGCAUGACUUACCCCUUUCUUUACAAACACAACAACUCAACAGGCUGCAUUUUGACGUCAAUGAUAUGGGAACUGUGCUGUGGAUGUCUCAAAACUGAUUGUUGAUCCGAGAAUUUCAUUCUCUCUCGCAUUGUAAUCCAACCCAGGUCAGCGGGCUCAGAAGUCAUCAAAUCAGCCCGAUAUGUUUAGGAUCGUGACUUAAAGGAUUGGACAGAUGGUACAAAUGAGACCGCAUAUCGCUUCUAUAUAUUGCCUGGACUAAACAAUUCCAGAUUUUCCAGCAAAGAUUCUACCCAGCAACUAGUCUAAAAGCAGUUUAUGAAAUAUUCUAUAGAGAAAAGUCAAGCCUGAAUUUAACAAGCUUGCGCUGCAUUUAGAGACAUCAAUAGUACAAAGGACACUAAACUAU